AUGGCGAUGUCUCUCUUCCCACUCGAACAGGACCUGUCGUGUCCUGUGUGCUUUGAAAUCUUUAACGACCCAGUGAUUCUGUCCUGCAGUCACAGUUUCUGUAGGACAUGUCUACAGCGGAGCUGGGAGGAGAAAAUGGAAAGAGAGUGUCCUGUCUGCAGGUGUCAGUCAUCAGAAGGUCAUCUUCCUACCAACCUGGCUCUCAGGAGUGCCUGUGAGUCUUUCUUGCAGCAAAAGAGAGCGCGAGACUUAGACCCCCAGAGAUGUCCUCUACACUGUAUGAGGCUUCAUCUGUUCUGUGAGAGAGAUGAGAAGCUGGUGUGUACACAGUGUGUGUCUCAGCAUCAUCAGAAUCACAGUUUCUGCUCCAUCAGUAAGGCUGCCAGCCCUCGUAAGGAAAAGUUGAAGAUUCUUCUAGCAAGGUUGGAGACAAAACGUAAAGUUUUCCAGAAAAGUAAAUACAUCAGUGAACAGGUGGCUGCGCAUAUUAAGUCUCAGGCCCAGAACACAGAAACACAGAUACAGGAGGAUUUUGAGAAGCUUCACCAGUUCCUCAGAGAAGAGGAGGAAGCCACCACAGCUGCACUGAAAGUGGAAGAAGAGAAGAAGAGCCAGAGAAUGAAGAAGAAGAUUCAAGAGCUAGAUAAACAAAUAAUGGAAAUCAUUUCUAGAGUCACAGAAUUAAACAAUAUACUAAAAGAGGACAUCUUGAUUGUACAGGAUUUCAAGAAGGCAAGCGAAAGAGCUGAAUACAUAGUGCCAGAUCCACAACCUCAGGAAUCAGGAGCUCUGAUUGAUGUGGCCAAACAUCUAGGAAAUCUGAGUUACAGAGUUUGUAAGAAGAUGAAGAACGUUUGUCCUUACUUUCCAGUGGUCCUGGACCCGAACACUGCAAACCCCUCCCUCAGUAUUUCUGCAGAUUUUAGCAGUUUUUCAAACUCUGCUGAAAACCCUCAACUUCCAGACAACCCAGAGAGGAUGAGUGCAUAUGAAAGCGUUCUGGGCUCUGAAGGCUUCUCCUCAGGAACUUACAGCUGGGAAGUGGAGGUUGGAAACAGUGAGGACUGGAUUGUAGGAGUGGCUGAAGAAACAGUCAGCAGGAAGGAAACCUGUGGGGCAGUCCCAGAGAAUGGGUUCUGCUGUAUAUGGAGGGAUGGUAAUAAUAUUACAGCUGGACUCUCCCUAAGUACAUCUGAAACUCUAAUGAAAAAACCAACCAUUAAGAGAAUCCGUGUGACACUUAAAUGUCAGGAAGGUCUAGUGAUUUUUUCAAACUCAGAUAAUAACACCGAUUUGCAUACCUUUGCACACAAAUUCACUAAGAAGGUAUAUCCAUACUUCAACAAUGGCAGCAAGAAUGCCUUAAAAGUUAUACAGCAAAGUAACACUGAGAGCAACAGCCUAACACAAAGUUAUUCAUUUCUCAGUAGAUACUUCUUUGGAACCUCCACAUAA